AUGGAUGGAUUACAUGAAGAUGAAAAGUGUAUUUUGACGAUUAAAGAUGGUCCGAUAUGUGGUUAUAUAGAGAGAAAUGAAGAAGGAACAUACUACAAGUUUAAAAAAAUACCAUAUGCCAAGCCGCCUUUGGGCACUCUUAGAUUUACACCACCUUCGCCGGUGAUUCCAUGGACAGAUUUACUUGACUGCACCCAAGAUGCUCCGUUACCUUUAAGUAUAAACGAAGAGAAGGGCAAUAAUGGCUCGGAAGACUGUUUAUACAUGGAAGUAAACUCCCCAAACAUAACACCAAACAAACCCAUGCCAGUCAUGUUUUGGAUUGGUAGUUGUAACUAUUCUUACUAUAUUGAUCAGUUGUACGAUUCCACACCAAUCGUGAAUGAAAGUGUUGUGUUUGUUAGAUGCGGCUUCAGAUUAGGACCGAUGGGUUUUCUUUCUAUAAACGAGUUUAGUGCUCCUGGUAACAUUGGAUUGAAGGAUAUAGUGAUGGCCUUGAAGUGGACUCAAGCUAACAUCAGCGUGUUUGGUGGAGAUCCGAAUAAUGUUACGAUAUUUGGUUCGAGCACGGGCGGAGCCACAGUACACUAUAUGAUGAUAUCUCCAAUGGCCGUCGGAUUGUUCCAUAAAGCUAUAAUGCAGAGUUCGUCAGCCCUUAACAAAUUUUCUCUCAAUAAGAACCCAACUCAAGCUGCUAUUGAACUAGCUGAAAAAUUAGGAAUAACGACUGCAAACAAAUUUGAUAUGGUCGACGAACUGAAAAAAGUACCUGCUGAAGAUAUAAUGGAAGCAUACAAAGAAUUAUCAGAUAAAUCAAUAUCUAACGAUAAUGGUAAAACUUUUGAUCUUAUGUUUAAGCCUUGCGUGGAAAAAGAAUUUGAAGGUAUGCCGACAUUUCUCAGCAAAACCCCCAGCCAGAUCCUAAAAUCUGGUAAUUUUUACAAAGUCCCGAUCAUAAUAGGAUGCAACAACAUCGAAGCCUCAGUCAUACAGUAUAUAAAAACGAAUUUCUAUGAAGAUUUCGAGAAAUUCAAUGAGGAUGUGUCAUUGCUCGUUCCAAAAUCGAUAGCAUUAAAUGAGACACUCACGAAGAAUAUUGGUGAACAACUAUUAAAUUUCUACUUCAACGGUAACGGCGUUUUAAACGAACAUACAAGGACACAGUAUCUGCAGCUUCUAAGCGAUUUUUAUUUCUUGUAUUAUUUGUAUAAUACCGUGCGGCUACAGUAUAAAUACGCACCAGAGUGCCCAAUCUAUUAUUACAUCCUAAACUACGCUGGUGAAUGGGAUGUACCCAAAGCAUUGAACUUUUUUAAUUCAAUAGGACAUUGCGGGGAAGUCUCCUUCCUAUUCCGAAUUAUAACACCAUGUAAACGAUUCUGUAGCGGCAGUCGUGAUUCUAUUACAACGAGAAAAAGAGUUGUAAGACUUUGGACAAAUUUCGCCAAGUAUGGUAACCCAACGCCUGACGAGAAUGAUCCAUUGCUGCAAAUAACGUGGGAUCCAGUGGAGAACGAGGAAAAAUUAAAUUAUCUUAGCAUCGGCUCCGAACUCACCAAAGGCAGGAAUCCAUAUUACGAAAGAAUGAAGUUUUGGGAUAAACUGCACGAACAGCAUGCAUUAUUAAGAACAAUACUUUAUUUCAUUGACAAGAGCGUUCAAAUUUAA